AUGGAGCAGAAGGUCCAAGAACUUGAUGCGGAGAAAGAGCGAGAGCGGGAGUCUUCCGAGAAUAUCCAGCGCUUCCACGCCGGCCAAGUGCGCGACCUUCGUGCAACAUUGGCCCAAGUUCAAGCGCGUCGCGCAACCGUCACCCCUGAUUUGGCAACAAAUGUGAGGUCGUCAGUGGCUCAGAACCCUGAAGUUGCAACCCGACCCCAAGAAUCCAGUGGCGUAAUCAACGGAAACGCAAGUGUCACAGGCCAGAGACGGGAGACAGCUGAUCCGAAGAACACGCCCGAAGUCGCCGCCUCCCAGCUGAGAGCGACCCUCGCGCAGAAUCGCGCGCGUCAAGCGGGGACAUGGCGCUACGGAGACCAAGGUGACGCAGAGUGUCAAGCUCGAGCCUGUGUCUCUCGGGAAGACGUCGGAUCCCAGGAGAACAGCGACCUCUAA